UAAAUUUGUUGUAGUGAACCCAUCCAAUCAAAUCAUUUAAGUAUAUUCCUUUAUUUAUUUUUGAAUGUAAAAUAUUCGCUUUAGCAUUCUAAUUCUCUAUUCCACCCAGGGAGAAGAUCACAUAGAACUAUACAACAAAAUUAAAUAUCAAACUCAAAACAACUGUAACACGAGCGAUCCACAUUGUAAUAUCCAUCUCUAUAGUUAACCUCACACAUUUGGUAACCAAUCUAAACAUAUAUAUAAAGCCCAUGUUAUCAUAAACAAUAUAUACAAACCCAAGUUACCCAACUACAACACCCACCGAAACAAGAAAAAAUGGCCCCAACAACUUCUCUCAAAAUCUUCUCACUAAUAAUAUUUUCAUUUACCAUUAUAGAAAUGACAAAGGGUGGAGACCCAGAUAUACUUACAGAUUUUGUAAUACCACCAAAUUUGAGUGCAACAAACAUAACUGGCUCAUUCUUCACUUACACAGCUCUCAGAACCCUAAAAGGAACUCCAACCUUCAGUGUCACAAAAGUAAGUAUGGCUGAGUUCCCAGCUCUCAACGGCCAAAGCGUCAGUUACGCCGUGCUUCAGUACCCGGCUGGCACGGCUAACCCGCCACACGUUCACCCCCGCUCGGCCGAACUCCUUCUCCUCUUGGAUGGAACUCUAGAAGUGGGUUUUGUGGACAGUACAGCUAACAAUAAGCUCUACACACAGACACUUGAAGCUGGUGACAUUUUUGUGUUCCCAAAGGGUUUGGUGCACUUUCAAUACAACUCUGAUGCUAAGGAAACUGCUCUUGCUCUUUCGGCGUUUGGAAGCGCCAAUGCUGGGACAUCGUCAGUUCCCAAGGCUUUGUUUGCUACUGAUAUUGAUGAUGAGGUUUUGGCUAUCUCUUUCAAAACUGAUGUUGCCACCAUUCAAAAGCUCAAGGCUGGUCUUGCUUAAUUAUAUUACAUAUAUAUAUAGACUUGUUAAGUGUUUGGUGGUUUUUCGUUGUUGAAUAA